CCACGGGAGAGCCAGCACCCAGGGAAUCCCAGGGAACACGCACUGCAGGGAGGGUGUUGCAACUUCAAGAAGAAGCCCACCAACUCUGGGAGCAAAUGAAUGCACUCUGUGACCAGCAACUGACUGCCACUGAAUUUAACUGGACCACAUUGGUGUAAUUGAGAGCAGAAGAUUGGUUCCUUUAAUGUUUCUGCACAAGUAAUCUGUUUCUCCGAUCAGGAUUUUUUUCACUGCUUGGAAUUUCUUCAGAUUUGUCAACAUCUUCAGGUUUAUCCCUUAGGUUGGAUGAAAUGAACUCAUGAGAAGCCCUCAGAAGGCUGUUUGGAAGAGAAAAGGAGAGAACUAUUUUUAGUGGAGCAACAAACAGGAAACCACCAGUGGCCAGAUAAGAUAUUAAAAAUUUAAAACUGUCGAGGCACCUCAUCCCCAGAAGGACACGGAUCAUUUCAGGGAUGCAUUAUGACUUGCCAGGAAUUAAUGAGCCAAUUCUGGAAGCACUGAAAGGGAGCUGUGGUAUCCAACAAAGUUUUCUGUGACAAGUACAUUCUGGAAAAUACAGCCAAGCACGAGGAGGCUGAUCCUGAACUGACAGCUGAUGAAAGAGUGUUUGUAGCUGGGCAGCCAUGAGGAAUUGUACCAUGGAAGUCACUGAAGAGUCACCCCUGGGAAACUGUGAUGACAGCCGCCAUGAGGAAAUACCCCAACCCCAUGAACCCCAGCGUGGUGGGAGUGGAUGUCCUGGCCAGGCACGUGGAUCCCAGCGGGAAGCUGCACAGCCACCGGCUCCUGAGCACCGAGUGGGGAAUCCCGGCCAUUGUGAAAUCGUAACCACUGCGUUUAAAGGCAUGAAGAAUUGCAGUGGGUUGGUGGAAUUGAUGCCAUCUCUGUUUGCCUGUCCCCAGCUCAUUGGCACCUGCAGGACAAGGACAUAUGUGCAGGAGCAUUCUGUUGUUGACCCUGUGAAAAAAACAAUGGAGCUUAAAUCCUGUAAUAUUUCAUUCACAAACCUCGUGUCAGUAGAUGAGAGGCUUGUCUAUAAACCACACCCUCAGGAACCACACAAAACCAUUCUGACACAAGAAGCAAUAAUAUCUGUAAAAGGUGUCAGUCUCAGCAGUUACCUGGAAGGGCUAAUGGCAAACACAAUUUCUUCCAAUGCUAAAAAGGGCCGUGAAGCAUUGGAAUGGGUCAUUAAAAGACUGAAUGCUGAAAUUGAAGAGUUGGCAGCUUCAGCACGAGGAACCAUGAGGAAUUCCAUGGCAGCAGCAGCAUUUGUAGAGAAAUGAUGAUAGUUCUUAGACCUGUGUCACUAAUGAGGCUGAACGACCUGCAGCCUCUCUCCAGGCCUAGAUACAUGUAUCCUUUGUUAUUUAAAGGAUGUGUGUAUGAGGCAUGUUAUAAAUUUAAUUUGGAGAAUUUUUCCCAAGGCUGAGACUCAAAGGCUGUUUAAUAUAUUGGGUCAGCUGGACCGAUGAAGAAAUGAAUUUAAGUGUAGUUCCUGUAUUUACAUGAACACUAACUUAUAAUGUUUGCAGAUGUGAAAUAGCCUCAUUUAGUGCUGAGGCUGCAUAUGGUGGAGGACACUGGCAUGUUAGGCUAACUUUUAUUUUUUUGUGUGACUUAUGGACUACCUCUUUUGGGACCAAGCCCAAAAUUAAGCAGAAUGGUUGUUCCAGCAUUGUUCUUUUUGUUGAUUUUUGACAGUUGUGUGAUACAACUUGGUUUAACAGAAAGCUUAUUACUUGAUGCUUGAAAUAUAAAAGAAUGUACAAAAUAUUUUUUGAUAACCUUUUUAACUUGACUGAUUAAACUAACAUGGUACUCAAAUUGUUUUUCAGGCACUAUAGGUAAAACAUCAAAGUGUCUCUUACCUACCUAUCAAGACCUAAAUCCUGCUCCUAAAUGCAACUUCAGUGAGCUGGGCAUGCAGUACCUUAAAGUCAAAUUUUAUCUUAAACUUCUGCAAUAAAUGUCUCCCUUUCUAAAAGCCCAUUACAUAAAGGUACGAUAAGCACAGAGCCUUAAAAUCUUGUAAGCUGCUACAGUAGUGGGUGUUCACUUCAAAGAACCAAUUAAAGACUAAAAAACCUUUUGUGAAAGUGGCUGAGGAGAUACCUAAACAAAAAAGGAAAUAGUGUUUAGCAAUAUACUUGUUAAGUUGAUCAGAAAUAACCUGUCCCAUCCAGUGGCUGUGUUGUGCUUCACUUUAACCUGAGUUCUGAGUUCCAGUUCCCUUCACCCUUUGAGCUGAUUUGCUCCCAGUCCAAGGCCCUGUGUCUUCCCAGGGUGUUUCCUGGUACUCCCUGCAGGUUCCUGGCACUGUCACAGUCACUCCCUAGGAAGGGAAAGGUCAGCCCUUGGCACGUGCCAGGCUGUGCCAUGCGGGCACUCACGGGACUCUGAGCCCCUCCAGGGGGAGCAGGAAAAGGCAAAGGCACAGCCCAGGGGGAGCUGAUGUGGUAUUUUGGUGCCCAAGGCUCUUCCUGGAAUUUUGUUUCUAAGCUUACAAGUGAUUUCAAGGCUCUCUCAGCCUUUCUGAGCUGUAAUGUCACCCUGCCCAGCAUAUUUGAUUUUGCAUGCCAUUUCUGUUAGAUCAAAUUGCCUAUUAAGUACUGUCUGCUUACAGAGCUUCUUUUAACAAACAAGAACACUUCCAUAAGGUUUGUGCUGGGGGAAGAAAACAGGAAUAUAGAUAUAUAACUUUUAAAAAUUAACUAUUCUAAACAAUAUUUUUCUAAACAGAAAUGGCUUGAGACUACCUUACUAAUUAAAGUCAUUGAGGUUUGCCAUACUUUUACAGGAGAUUAUUACAACUGAAAUAACAUUUCAAUUUUAAAAGUAUAUGUGAAACUUCUGCAAAACUGUACCAUCAUUUCUGAUGAAAAUGCUUAGCUUGAAAUUCAUUUUAUAUGUUUGCUCAGCCAUUAGCAUCGUUUGAGAUCCUAAAAGUCAGUUUUUUCAUUUCCAAAUUUUUCUGCACUAGGGACUGCAUAGUAGAACUCACAGUUUGGCCUUGCACUGAAAAAAACCUUACUGGUUAAUUUCUACAGGCAUUCAACAACUUCUUAAAAGAUAAUAAAUUUCUUUCUUCUAUUUUAUUUAUAUGCCUGCAUUCUCAUUCUGUCAGAGUAUGGCUUUCUGUAUGUGGCCCUUUUUAAAUAAAAUUUGGUUUCAAUUCUGACUAAUUCCUGAAACUUUCUGGUCUAUUUGUGUUUUAGAACUGUGAGGUGAGUAAUCUAAAAUAAGGAGGCUGAAGGUGAAGAAAUCCCUGGAGUGAGUGGCUUUUUUUGAAAUGCAUACCCUAAAAUGCACAUUCACAGCUGCUGUGGUCGUUUUUGCUUCUCAAUAACUCAGCUUUUCUGCAAAUGUGGCUUUAACUAGCAAGCAGAUUUCACAGUUUGCUGUGGAGCAUCCCUCCUGUGGAGAGAUUUUCACGGGCUGAGCUGUGUUCAGCUUUGCUGCAGCCAGUGUGGGUUGCUGUGGGUGGGUGCAGCACCACGGGGAGAGGGCAGGGCAGGGAGGAAAUGGGGAGGAGAAAGCAGCUACAGCUGGAGAGCAGAACUGAAGGAGCAGGAGGAAAGAAUUUUGAAAAAAGGGUUAAAGGACAGGAAGUGUUAGGACAGAGGUGGAGGGGUGUGAUGUGAACAGAUCAGUGCUGAGGGCUCUGAUGGGCACCGGCCCCUGCUCAGCCACAGCUCUGAACCACAAGUGCCAGCCAGGGUUUGCUUCAAAAAUAAACCAGAAAAAUUGUAACCACCAUGUCCUACAACAUUGCUGAUCUGUCUCCUGUGGUCUGUACUUGCAUUAAUAUUUCCAAUAAAUGUCAAAUGUAGUAAACAUGA